AGUAGGAUAGAUAAUAUUAUUAAUAAAAUGUCAAUGGCAGGUUUCAUAAUUCAAUCUUUGUCUCCACCCGGCAAAUUGUGUUUCAUAAAAGGGAAUGAUCAUUCAAUUGUUAUUGUUUUUAUUCAGCAUGAUAUUGUUUUGUUUUUACAAGUCUGAUAGAAAUUGUCAAAGCCGAGUUUUGACCGGUACAUAUGAGCAGUUUUUGUGCUUUGGAGUCAAAUUUAGGAGAAAAGCCAUGUACGACGAUUGUGUCCUUUUGUCUAUGCGUUUUCCGCAGAAACUUUGGCGCAUAGUUAACGAGUGUAAAACUGGUGCGAUUCGUUGGAGCGUGAAUGGUGGUACGAUAUUAUUGGACUAUAAAAAAUUCCAGGAAGAAUACCUGAAUGCUGAACAUUCAAUUUUUAAAACGAACAAUAUAACAAGUUUCAUACGUCAGCUAAAUCUUUACGGAUUUAGAAAAGUAACUUCCCACAACCGCGAUCCAAUCUGUAACUCUCACAACCCCAACGUACACGAAUUUUUGCACGAAAAUUUUCGAGCCCAUCGCACCGAUCUCCUUGCCAAAGUAUGCCGUAGAACUGGCGCUGGUAAAAUUAAAUAUUGCGAUAAACUACGUUCUAAAAACUUAAUGAAACGAGACAUAGCUGACCCCAAGAAAAAAUUGCAGAUGUCACGCUUGCGAAUUUGUCAGUUUGCUUUGACCGAAGCUUUGCAGCAGGCGACUCGAGAUUACCAUCGAAAGAGAUUUUGGGAAGAGGUAAUCCACGAUGAUUCAUUAUCGGAGCUAAAUAAUUUUCACAAAAUAGCUCACAGCUAUGCCCGCGUCAUCGAGGGAUAUCAAACAACUUUUGAUUGUUCUCAAGAUUAUUGUCAAGCCGUUAGACAGUUACAUAGGAUUUGAAAUCAUCGCAACGUUCUUUAUUUAGUAAUUGUUUUCGCUU